AUGAGCCGGCCCCCGGCUACGGGGAAAAUGCCCGGCGCCCCCGAGGCUGUGCCGGGGGACGGGGCGGGCGCGAGCCGCCAGAGGAAGCUGGAGGCGCUGAUCCGAGACCCUCGCUCACCCAUCAACGUGGAGAGCUUGCUGGAUGGCUUAAAUUCCUUGGUCCUUGAUUUGGAUUUUCCUGCUUUGAGAAAAAACAAGAAUAUAGAUAAUUUUUUAAAUAGAUAUGAGAAAAUUGUGAAAAAAAUCAGAGGUCUACAGAUGAAGGCAGAAGACUAUGAUGUUGUUAAAGUUAUUGGAAGAGGUGCUUUUGGUGAAGUGCAGCUGGUUCGUCAUAAGGCAUCACAGAAGGUUUAUGCUAUGAAGCUUCUUAGUAAGUUUGAAAUGAUAAAAAGAUCUGAUUCUGCUUUUUUCUGGGAAGAGAGAGAUAUUAUGGCCUUUGCCAACAGUCCCUGGGUGGUUCAGCUCUUUUGUGCUUUUCAAGAUGAUAAGUAUCUGUACAUGGUAAUGGAGUACAUGCCUGGUGGAGAUCUUGUAAACCUUAUGAGUAACUAUGAUGUACCUGAAAAAUGGGCCAAAUUUUAUACUGCUGAAGUUGUUCUUGCUCUGGAUGCCAUACACUCCAUGGGCUUAAUUCACAGGGAUGUAAAGCCUGACAACAUGCUCUUGGAUAAACAUGGACAUCUAAAGUUGGCAGAUUUUGGCACAUGUAUGAAGAUGGAUGAAACAGGCAUGGUGCACUGUGAUACAGCAGUUGGAACACCUGAUUAUAUUUCACCUGAGGUUCUCAAAUCACAAGGGGGUGAUGGUUACUAUGGGCGAGAAUGUGAUUGGUGGUCUGUGGGUGUUUUCCUUUUUGAGAUGCUGGUGGGGGAUACUCCAUUUUAUGCAGAUUCACUUGUAGGAACGUAUAGCAAAAUUAUGGAUCAUAAAAACUCACUAUGUUUCCCUGAAGAUGCAGAAAUUUCUAAACAUGCGAAGAAUCUCAUUUGUGCCUUCUUAACAGAUAGGGAGGUACGACUUGGGAGAAAUGGGGUAGAAGAAAUCAAACAGCAUCCUUUCUUUAAGAAUGAUCAAUGGAAUUGGGAUAACAUAAGAGAGACGGCAGCUCCUGUAGUACCUGAGCUCAGCAGUGACAUAGACAGCAGCAAUUUUGAUGACAUCGAAGAUGAUAAAGGAGAUGUAGAAACCUUCCCGAUUCCUAAAGCUUUUGUGGGAAAUCAGCUACCUUUUAUAGGAUUUACCUACUAUAGAGAAAAUUUGUUAUUAAGUGACUCUUCAUCUUGUAGAGAAAAUGGUUCAUUACAAUCAAGGAAAAAUGAAGAAAGCCAAGAGAUUCAGAAAAAAUUAUACACAUUAGAAGAACACCUUAGCACUGAAAUACAAGCCAAAGAGGAACUAGAGCAAAAGUACAAAUCUGUUAAUACUCGCCUUGAGAAAGUAACAAAGGAACUAGAAGAAGAGAUUACUUUAAGGAAAAAUGUGGAAUCAGCAUUAAGACAAUUAGAAAGAGAAAAGGCACUUCUUCAACACAAAAAUGCAGAAUAUCAGCGGAAAGCUGAUCACGAAGCAGACAAGAAACGAAAUUUGGAAAAUGAUGUUAACAGUUUAAAGGAUCAACUUGAAGAUUUGAAAAAAAGAAAUCAGAACUCUCAAAUAUCCACUGAGAAAGUGAAUCAGCUCCAGAGACAACUGGAUGAAACCAAUGCUUUGCUGAGAACAGAAUCUGAUACUGCGGCCCGGUUAAGAAAAACCCAGGCAGAAAGUUCAAAACAGAUUCAGCAGCUGGAAUCUAACAAUAGAGAUCUUCAAGAUAAAAAUUGCCUGCUGGAGACUGCUAAGUUAAAACUUGAAAAGGAAUUUAUCAAUCUUCAGUCAGUUCUAGAAUCUGAAAGGAGGGACCGAACUCACGGAUCCGAGAUAAUUAAUGACUUACAAGGUAGAAUAUCUGGCCUAGAAGAAGAUUUAAAGAAUGGCAAAAUCUUAUUAGCAAAAGCAGAGAUGGAGAAGAGACAACUACAGGAGAGACUUACUGAUUUGGAAAAGGAAAAGAACAACAUGGAAAUAGAUAUGACAUACCAACUAAAAGUUAUACAGCAGAGCUUAGAACAAGAAGAAGCUGAGCAUAAGGCUACAAAAGCACGGCUGGCAGAUAAAAAUAAGAUUUAUGAAUCCAUUGAAGAAGCAAAAUCAGAAGCCAUGAAAGAAAUGGAGAAGAAGCUCUCAGAGGAAAGGAUGUUAAAGCAGAAAGUGGAGAACCUAUUGCUGGAAGCUGAGAAGAGAUGCUCUCUAUUUGACUGUGACCUCAAACAGUCACAGCAGAAAAUCAAUGAACUCCUUAAACAGAAAGAUGUGCUAAAUGAGGAUGUUAGAAAUUUGACAUUAAAAAUAGAGCAGGAAACUCAGAAGCGCUGCCUUACACAAAAUGACUUGAAGAUGCAAACACAGCAAGUUAACACACUAAAAAUGUCAGAAAAGCAGUUAAAACAAGAGAAUAAUCAUCUCAUGGAAAUGAAAAUGAGCUUGGAAAAGCAGAAUGCUGAACUUCGAAAAGAACGUCAAGAUGCAGAUGGGCAAAUGAAAGAACUUCAGGAUCAGCUUGAAGCAGAGCAGUAUUUCUCAACCCUCUAUAAAACACAGGUGAGGGAACUUAAAGAAGAAUGUGAAGAAAAGACCAAACUUUGUAAAGAGUUACAACAGAAGAAACAGGACUUACAGGAAGAAAGGGACUCCUUGGCUGCUCAACUGGAGAUCACCUUGACCAAAGCAGAUUCAGAGCAGCUGGCUCGUUCAAUUGCUGAAGAGCAAUAUUCUGAUUUGGAAAAAGAGAAAAUCAUGAAGGAGCUUGAGAUCAAAGAGAUGAUGGCUAGACACAAACAGGAACUCACUGAAAAAGAUGCUACAAUUGCAUCUCUUGAAGAAACAAAUAGGACACUAACUAGUGAUGUUGCCAAUCUUGCAAAUGAGAAAGAAGAAUUAAAUAACAAAUUGAAAGAUGCCCAAGAACAGCUGUCACGGUUGAAAGAUGAGGAGAUCAGCGCAGCCGCUAUUAAAGCACAGUUUGAGAAGCAGCUGCUCACAGAGAGAACACUUAAAACUCAAGCUGUGAAUAAGUUGGCUGAGAUAAUGAAUCGAAAAGAACCUGUCAAGCGUGGUAGUGACACUGAUGUGCGGAGAAAAGAGAAAGAGAACAGAAAGCUACAUAUGGAGCUUAAAUCUGAACGUGAAAAAUUGACCCAGCAGAUGAUCAAGUAUCAGAAAGAAUUGAAUGAAAUGCAGGCUCAAAUAGCUGAAGAGAGCCAGAUUCGAAUUGAACUGCAGAUGACACUGGACAGUAAAGACAGUGACAUUGAGCAGCUGCGGUCACAGCUCCAGGCGUUACAUAUCGGUCUGGAUAGUUCCAGUAUAGGCAGUGGACCAGGGGAUGCUGAGGCAGAUGAUGGAUUUCCCGAAUCAAGACUAGAAGGAUGGCUUUCGUUGCCUGUACGAAACAACACUAAAAAGUUUGGAUGGGUUAAAAAGUAUGUGAUUGUAAGCAGUAAGAAGAUUCUUUUCUAUGACAGUGAACAAGAUAAAGAACAAUCUAAUCCUUACAUGGUUUUAGAUAUAGACAAAUUAUUUCAUGUCCGACCAGUUACACAGACAGAUGUAUAUAGAGCAGAUGCUAAAGAAAUUCCAAGGAUAUUUCAGAUUCUGUAUGCCAAUGAAGGAGAAAGUAAGAAGGAACAAGAAUUUCCAGUGGAGCCAGUGGGAGAAAAAUCAAAUUAUAUUUGCCAUAAAGGACAUGAAUUUAUUCCUACUCUCUAUCAUUUCCCAACCAACUGUGAGGCUUGUAUGAAGCCACUGUGGCAUAUGUUUAAACCUCCUCCUGCUUUAGAGUGCCGGCGCUGCCAUAUUAAAUGUCAUAAAGAUCACAUGGACAAAAAGGAGGAGAUUAUAGCACCUUGCAAAGUUUACUAUGAUAUUUCGACGGCAAAGAAUCUAUUGUUGUUAGCAAAUUCUACAGAAGAGCAGCAGAAGUGGGUUAGUCGGUUGGUGAAAAAGAUCCCUAAAAAGCCUCCAGCUCCAGACCCUUUUGCACGGUCAUCUCCUAGAACUUCGAUGAAGAUACAACAAAACCAGUCUAUUAGACGGCCAAGUCGACAGCUUGCCCCAAACAAACCAAGCUAGCUGCCUUCUAUGAAUGCAGUCAUUAUUCAAGGUGAUCAUAUUCUUCCAGUUAAAACAAGACUGAAAUAUGAUGGCCCAAAAUUUCUUAAAAAGCUGUAUUUUCCUGAGAGACUGAUACUCAAACACACACAUACAUACAUAUAUAUAUACAUAUAUAUAUAUAUGUAUAUAUAUAUAUAUAUGAACCAACAAUGAUUGGUUAAUAGAGCAAGAAUAGCAUAUGCAGCUCUUCGAAACUUGUUCCAUAAAGCUCUCUUGGCAGUCACUCACA